GGUGUAGUGAUACUGAUCGAUGGAUUCUAUGGUUGCUGCCUGUCCUGUGUUUGUCCUCUUCUCGUCGGGCCCAAACGACAAGUCCAAGGCAGACAGACACGUGGCGGGCAGACUGACUGUCCAUUUCCUCUCCCUAUAAAGCUGACGAAACAUCUCGGUCGCUGGCCGGCCGGCCUCGAACUCGAAGGGCAAGCAGCAGCAAUGGCGCUGGAGAUCGAGCACACCCACCUCCCCAUCCGCGGCCUCAACCUCCACGUCGCACACGUAGGCAAAGGUGACCUGGGCACGGUGGUGUUCCUGCACGGCUUCCCGGAGAUCUGGUACUCGUGGCGCCACCAGAUGCGGGCCGUGGCCGCCGCGGGGUACCUCGCCAUCGCGCCGGACUGCCGCGGGUACGGCCUGUCCGACCAGCCGCCGGAGGACGAGGAGGCCUCCCUUGACGACCUCGUCGCCGACGUGCUCGGCAUCCUCGACGCCCUCAGCGUCCCAAAGGCGUUCCUGGUGGGCAAAGACUUCGGCGCCAUGCCGGCGUACGAGUUCGCGCUGCAGCACCCGGACCGCACCCGCGGCGUGGUGUGCCUGGGCAUCCCCUUCAGCCCGGUGCCCAUGUCCUUGGACGCCAUGCCCGAAGGCUUGUACAUCCGGCGCUGGCGCGAGCCGGGGGGCAGGGCGGAGGCCGACUUCGGCCGGUUCGACGUGAGGCGCGUGGUGCGCACCGUCUACGUGCUCUUCUCCGGCGCCGACAUCCCGAUCGCCAAGGAAGGGCAGGAGGUCAUGGACCUGGCCGACCUGUCGACGCCGCUCCCGGCGUGGUUCACCGAGGAGGACCUGGACGCCUACGCCAAGCUCUACGAGAAGUCCGGCUUCGGCUACCCGCUCAAGAUGCCGUACAGAGCUAUACACAAGAUCCCGAACCGGCUGGACGCCAAGUUCCAGGUGCCGGUGUUCAUGGUGAUGGGGGAGAAGGACUACUGCUUCAAGUUCCCGGGGUUCGAGACCGCCAUGCGCAGCGGCGUCAUGAACAACUUCAUGCCGGACCUCAAGAUCACCUACAUCCCGGAGGGGAGCCACUUCGUGCAGGAGCAGCUCCCGGAGCAGGUCAACGACCUGCUCCUCGGCUUCCUCAGUGACCAUCCCUCCGCCGCAUAAGGAGAAGGGGUGUGAGACUGUGAGAAUCGGAUGAGAGCAAGUAUAAUAACGAUUUUUAGCCGGCUGGGAGAACUCCACAUCGACACGGAAAAAGGCCACGUCGGAGAGAGAUUACGGAGCGAGCGUUUCCCAUCUCGCCCGCCUGCAGCUCAUGGUCCGAGAAAAAAUUUAUUUCUUGCAGUCGUCUCCCAGCUCGCUAUCGGCGAGAAGCCGACGCUUCGCUCUCCCGUCUCUCCCCUUCCUGAUCCCGUGCUCCACACCAUCUCUCUCGGCGCGAAAUCGAUGUGCUCUCCCGCCAAAUUGCUUCAUCGCGCGCCAGAUUGGUUUCUCUAGUUGCUUCAUCGCGCGCCAAAUUGUGAUAUGGUUCUUGAGCAAUUGGUUUCUCUAGUUGCCGUUGCCUGGAUCCAUGACCGUGUUAAUUAGCACAUACUCCAACAGGAUGUACGUUUUUUUUUGGCAAUAAAGAUGGUCUUUAAUUACAAAAGACA